UCUGGAAGACUAGAAAUGAAAUGUGGUCUUAUCUGUGAACAAAAAUGUUACAGCGAAACAAAAUGAUAAUAAAAAAAUAAAAAUCUCAAAUUUUACAUUUAGGGUUUCUUUCUUCUUCUUUACCUUUUAUAAUUCUAGAAAAUUCCUUUCGAUCUUUUAGAGCCAGUAUCCUGACAAAAUAGUUGAAUAGUGAGGAAGUUCUGGGGACAGGUUUUUGUUUUAGACUUCUGAGAGUUUGCAAAGGGAGAAAGAGACGACAGAAUGUCAAGUAGCAGAAACACCCACUGGUGUUACAGAUGCCGGAGGCCAGUUCGUCUGCAAGGGCAAGAUGCAGUCUGCCUGUGCUGUAGUGGAGGCUUUGUUCAAGAGCUUGAUGAUAUGGUGCACAUCAGCCCACUGGAUUUGUUUGGGUUGGACAGUGAUGACGAACGUGACCAGAGUUUUGGUCUUAUGGAAGCUUUCUCAGCCUUUAUGAGGCAGCAAAUGGCUGAGAGACACAACCAUGAUAUCAGGGGUAGAUCUGAUUCAAUUUAUGAACAUGGCCAGGGCUUUGGACCUUUGUUGAUUUUUGGUGGCCAAAUACCUGUUAGAUUGUCUCGCAAUGGUGGGUUUGAAGCACUUUUUGCUGGGGCUCCAGGAAUUGGUUUAGCACGGGGUCGUGCUGGUGAUUAUUUUAUAGGUCCAGGACUAGAAGAACUUUUUGAGCAGCUUUCAGCUAAUGAUCGACGGGGCCCUCCCCCUGCAGCCCAAUCUUCAAUCAAUGCUAUGCCUACUAUUAAGAUCACACAGAGGCAUCUUCGAUCUGAUUCACACUGUCCUGUUUGCAAAGACAAAUUUGAGCUUGGUUCAGAAGCGAGACAAAUGCCUUGUAACCAUAUAUACCAUUCAGAUUGCAUUGUUCCAUGGCUAGUGCAGCACAAUUCAUGCCCGGUUUGCCGCCAGGAAUUAUCACCACAAGGAUCAAGUAGCAGUCGAAGUGGUCAUCAAAGCUCAAGUGGUCCAAGUCAAAGCAGCAGUUUUCGUGGCAAUGCCAGUGGGAGGGAGAAUCAAGGAAGACGGAGUAUAUUCUCUAAUUUCUGGCCUUUUCGCUCAUCAAGUUCUAGCUCUAACCAUAAUGGAACAGCUGGAAGCAGCUCACCAGCAAUGCAUGAGAAUAACCACCAGAUGGGGUACAGUGAAUGGCCGUUUGAGUAAGCUCUUAGUCUGCUGCUUGUUGUGAUCAUAACUCAGUGGCUCCAAUUAUACCAAAUCAUUGAUUAGGAGCAGAAGUGGUUUGGGACAUGCAAUUUACUUGUUUGGUGUGUUUACUUGGACGUAAUUGAGUAUCUUAUAGUGUUUUACUGUGCACUUUUUAUGCAAAUCACUCUUUUCUUUUGUGUCAA